CUGCCUUAUAAAAGCUCCUGCGCGCCCCGAGGAUGCCCUUUGCCUAUUGCCCUUCGCAGAGGAAGAGAAGCCGGCGGGACCCGCUCCAUCCCUGCACCUGAUCGUCGCCGCAAGUCGACUCCUUUCCUCAAUUGCGCCACGCGACCCCCCCCCCACCGCGUAAGUGGGUUGCUCUGGAUUCCUCCUUAACCUCCCGCUCCCCUCCUCAUUUCAAAACUUUUCUGUCGGAGACCUUCCCCCGGACGACGUGUUCGCGCCAUUCACACGUGUCGAAAAGAACGCUCGGGCAAUCAAUCCCGCAGAGAACCUCGCGCCGUUUCCUUGGCGGCGGGGAGUCGAGGAAGGAAGGAGACGUUGGGUUUUUCUGUGUGUGUUUUGCUCCCUGGCCGGCUUGGCUGGUGCGCCGUCGAUGAUGAUGGGGAGGAAGCCCGCCGGACCCCUCGCCCUCCUGUUGGCUCUAGCCGCCCAUCUCUUGCAGCCGAUCCACCCCGCUGAACCUGAACCCGGGUUAUCGCCCAUUCCUACAGACAAACUGUUAGUUCUAACGGUCGCAACCAAGGAAACAGACGGCUUUCACAGAUUCAUCAAAUCCGCAAAGCACUUCAACUAUAUAGUGAAGGUUCUGGGUCAAGGUGAAGAAUGGAAGGGAGGAGAAGGUAUAAACUCUAUUGGAGGAGGCCAGAAAGUACGCCUGCUGAAAUCUGCACUGGAGGCAUAUGCUGAUCAGGAAGAUUUGGUGGUUAUGUAUGUUGAUGGCUACGAUGUUAUAUUUGCUGGAGGACCAGAAGAAUUGUUAAAGAAGUUCCAGCAAGCUAAUCACAAGGUUGUGUUUGCAGCAGAUAGUUUAAUAUGGCCUGAUAAAAGACUGUCGGACAAAUACCCUAUUGUUCGCAGUGGGAAACGAUUUCUUAAUGCAGGAGGAUUUAUUGGUUAUUCUUCAUCUGUAAACCGUAUUGUACAACAAUGGGACUUGCAAGAUAAUGACGAUGACCAGCUUUUUUAUACCAAAGUUUAUAUUGACCCAUUGAAGAGGGAACAUAUUAAUAUUACCUUGGAUCACAAAUGUAACAUUUUCCAGUCUCUAAAUGGAGCUAUUGAUGAAGUCCAUCUAAAAUUUGAAGAAGGAAGAGCCAGGGUUAGGAAUUCUAUGUAUGACACCUUGCCAGUCACUCUUCAUGGAAACGGACCAACUAAACUUACUCUGAAUUACUUUGGAAACUACAUUCCCAAUGGCUGGACGCCUGAAACGGGAUGUGGCACCUGUGACCAAGAUUUACUAGACCUAGCCACAUUGCCUGAGACUCCAAGAGUAACAAUUGGUGUUUUCAUUGAACAACCAACUCCUUUCCUGAACAAGUUUUUAGACAGACUUUUGACUCUGGAUUAUCCAAAGGAAAAGCUUAGCCUCUUCAUCCAUAAUAACGAAGUAUACCAUGAAAAGCAUAUCAAGAAAUUUUGGGACAAAGCCAGGCACAUGAUCAGAAAUAUACACAUUGUUGGACCUGAAGAAAAUCUGAGUCAAGCUGAUGCCAGGAACAUGGGAAUGGAUAUCUGUCGGCAGAACAAAGAAUGUGACUAUUAUUUCAGUAUAGACGCUGAUGUUGUUUUAACAAACCCAGAUGUUUUAAAACUACUCAUAGAACAAAACAGAAAGAUGAUUGCUCCUCUUGUAACUCGCCAUGGGAAGCUCUGGUCAAACUUUUGGGGUGCACUAAGUGCUGAUGGAUAUUAUGCAAGAUCUGAAGAUUAUGUGGAUAUUGUCCAAGGAAAAAGAGUAGGUAUAUGGAACAUUCCUUAUGUAGCUAACAUAUACUUGAUCAAAGGCAAAGUGCUCAGAUCUCAGAUGAAGGAGAGAAAUUAUUUUGCACGUGAUCGAAUGGAUCCUGACAUGGCCCUUUGCAGGAAUGUCAGGGAAAUGACCUUACAAAGGGAAACAGACUCCCCUUCUGCGGAAACAUUCCACAUGCUCAGACCCCCAAAGGGUGUCUUUAUGUACCUCACUAACAGACAUGAAUUUGGGAGACUUUUAUCAACUGCCAACUACAAUAUAUCUCACUACAACAAUGAUCUCUGGCAAAUCUUUGAGAAUCCUGUGGACUGGAAGGAAACUUACAUAAACCCCAACUACUCGAAAAUCUUCACUGAACAUAUAGUGGAACAGCCAUGCCCAGAUGUGUUCUGGUUUCCCAUAUUUUCUGAAACAGCGUGUGAUGAACUCGUUGAGGAGAUGGAACAUUACGGACAAUGGUCUGGUGGAAAACACCACGACAGCCGCAUUUCUGGAGGAUAUGAGAAUGUUCCAACUGAUGACAUUCACAUGAAGCAAGUCGGGCUGGAUCAUGUGUGGAUACAUUUUAUUAGAGAAUUUAUAGCACCUGUGACAUUGAAAGUAUUUGCUGGUUACUAUACAAAGGGCCAUGCUUUGCUGAAUUUUGUUGUGAAAUACACUACUGACAGACAGCGUUCCCUCAGACCUCAUCAUGACGCAUCUACUUUUACAAUUAAUAUUGCUCUGAACAAAGUAGGAGAAGAUUUUCAGGGAGGUGGAUGUAAAUUUUUGAGGUACAACUGUUCAAUUGAAUCACCCAGGAAAGGAUGGAGUUUUAUGCAUCCAGGAAGACUUACUCAUUUACAUGAAGGACUUCCAAUCUUGAAUGGAACAAGAUACAUUGCAGUAUCUUUCAUUGACCCUUAAUUUUAUUUCCCCACUGGCUUACAGACAACGUUUGGCAAUCUAUGACAAACUCUUAUUUAUAAUUCUUCUCCCAGAAGAUGGUGACAAAAGAAGCUUCUUCAAGACAGCUGCUUUACUUUGGGCUAAAAUAUUGGGGAAGGGAGAGAAAUCAAACACUUCCAAGCAUCUGCUCUGAGCCUCAAGUUACCAAGUAGAAGACAUUUUAAUUCCUUUCCUUUUCUGUUUGAAAGGGAGAGGAAUUCCCUUGAUUUGCAGACAAUCGGUAAAGCUUUUCCAUGUGGAUAUUCCAUUCAUUACAUCAUGAAGAUCAAGUAUUUAUCUUGAUGAAAGAGGAUCAUUUUUGAUAACAUAUUUUUAUAUGAAAGAAAUGUAUCACAGAUUAAUGAGAAUCAUUGCCAAAAAAGUACAUGUGAAUUAUUCAGGUACUAUAGAAUGCCUUUAAAAGAAGACCAAAUCCUCCUAGAAUUAUCUUCUGCACACCAAGUGUGGUUUGAUUAACAUGCGUUAUACUGAAAAUACUUUUUUUCCUUUUUUUGCACCAGCUGGGGGCUGGCAAUCCAAGUCCUCUUUUGAAAACUUUCUAAUACCAAGUUGUCUUGGAAACCAAAUUUUCUAUUCUUAUUUAAAGCUACUUGAAUUUUAUAAUAGGAGAUCAGAAAAGUUUCUCAUUUUUUUAAAAAAAUACAAGCGGGUUUUUUAACUUGCCUUUGUUUUUUAAGGGCUCAGUUUUAAAUAAUUCCUGCUGUGCCUACUGUUUGUAAUUUACACUUGAAGAAAAAAAAUGCUGAAAUCAUGAAACCUGAGGUGCUAACAUGCACAUAUUUUUUAAAA